AUGCUAAUUAAAGUACUUUUAUAUUCUUUUAAAGUGUAUGUCCCUCCAGCUCCGCAUUUCACUGACUGUAGUAAUAGCUUCACGCAAUUCAAUCUAGACACAACAAAAAUGCCUGGGGAUCUAAACCUUAAAAAGUCAUGGAAUCCUGCUCUCAUGAAGAACCAGAAGAAAAUCUGGGAAAGGGAGCAGGAUGCUCUCAAAGAGCACCAGGCGAUAAAACGAAGAGCCAAGGAGAUUACCCAAGAGAAGGAAAGGGAGGAAAUGAUUAAGCUACAGUAUGGCAAUGACUUAUCCAAAAUGCCUCAGAAACAGAGAUUAGAGAUAAGCAAGCUUGGCUGGAUGUACACUGAUGCACCUAAAGAUACCGAAGACGAAAAUGGAUUCAAAGAGGUUGAGGAAGACUUUCUAGAGAACACAGCUCAAGUGGAACAACUUCUUCAGGGAAACAGACCUGCUGUUCAAUCUAUGACCAGUAGAUUUGACAAAGUUGCGUCUGUGGGUGCUGGUAGGGCAGGUUCGAGCUUAUCAGAUGACCCUCUUCUUCUCAUACGGAAGCAGCAGAGGGCCGAGAGUCACAAAAGAGAGCGUUCUCCGAGUAGAGAUUCCAAAAGCACUCACAGAUCACUGCAUCGUGGCUCUCACAGCAGAAGUGAAGGUGAGAGGAGUCAUAGACAUUCUAGAGGCAGCUCAGAUAAAAAUGAAAGACAUCGUGAAAGACAUCGGUCGAGAUCAGGUAAAGGACACCGUGAUCAUGAAAAAGGUGAGCAGCCUAGGAGAUCUAAAGAGCGUCACGACCCAGAUAGUGGCAAGAGUUCGCAUACUGAAAGAUGA